UCAGUAAACCAAGGGACCCGGUUUCGACGGGGUCGCAGAGGGCGCUUAGGCGCGAUCUCAUCAAUGGCUGCCAAGAGCCGGUUAUUCCAGUCCUCAACAAGGUCAUAUAAUGAGUCGCCAGGAGGAGCAGGGUUCCGCAAGGCUUGUUGGAAUCUAUCAGGAUCCAUCAGUUUUCGCGGACAAGCCCAAAUAGGUUCGCCACCCGAGCCGGGGAGGAGCGGUAAGUCAAUCUUGGCUUUCAAAGCAUAGUGAUCAGACCAUGGCACUUCCACAGCGGGGAGCAUGAUCACAUCUAUGCCAGCCCCAAAGAUCAGAUCCAGCGUGUGGCCUGCUUGAUGAGUGGGGCCCAAAACAAACUGGGAGAGCCCUAGUGUUGCCAUGGAAGUCACUAGGUCCAGAGCCUUUGAGGAGGGAGCGGCAUCGGCAUGGACGUUGAAGUCUCCCAAAACCAGUAGGUUUGGGAACUCCAAGGCCCAGCCCGCCACCACCUCCAGCAGAUCUGACAGGGUGGCUGCAGGUGUGCUGGGUGGUCGGUAUACCAGCCAGACAGCCAAGCUCUCCUUGGUGCCCCACACGAGACCAAUACAUUCAAUGCCGGAGAUCGCUGGUGAUGGCAGAGCUCUGAAAGAGCAAUCCUCCCGGAAUAACAACGCUACUCUUCCCCCCCGACCCACAGUCCGCGAUUGAUGGAGGACAGAGAAACCUGGGGGUGUUAUCUCAUGUAGGGAGACUACUUCGCCUUCCCGUACCCAGAUCUCCGUCACGCAAGUUUGGAACAUAAGAAAGGACAGUGGAGAAAGGAGACAGUGUUAAAAUAAGAGAAGGGGCAUACUGGGACUGACAUGUGUUCAGUUCCUUUCUUGUCUUUAUUGUAAGUCUUAACAGGAUUCUCUUCCCCCUCCCCCCUCCUAAACAGGUGAGGAAGAUGAUGGCCAGAAUUCUAUGGAGCCAUCUGUGAAUUCAUUGGGAAGAACAAAGAAACAGUUUAAAUGCAUGGAAUGUGGGAUGUGUUUUAGUCACAGUGGAAGACUGAGGACACAUCAACGAAUUCACAUAGAGGAGAAACCAUUUAAAUGUACUGAUUAUCGAAAGAAACAUCAAGGAACUCACACAGUGGAUAAACCAUUUGAAUGUACUGAAUGUGCAAAGUGCUUCAGUCGAAAUGGAAAGCUUAGAAUACACCAACGAACUCACACGGGGGAGAAACCAUUUAAAUGUAUUGAAUGUGGAAAGAGCUUCAGUGAAAGUAGAGCACUAAGAAAACAUCAACGAACUCACACGGGGGAGAAACCAUUUAAAUGUAUAGAAUGUGGAAAGAGCUUCAGUAGAAGUGAACACCUUAGAAUACACCAACGAACUCACACGGGGGAGAAACCAUUUGAAUGUAUUCAAUGUGGAAAGCGCUUCAGUGUAAUUGGAAACCUUAGAAAUCAUCAACGAACUCACACGGGGGAGAAACCAUUUGAAUGUAUUCAAUGUGGAAAGUGCUUCAGUCGAUAUGGAACACUUAGAAUACACCAACGAACUCACACGGGGGAGAAACCAUUUAAAUGUAUUGAAUGUGGAAAGUGCUUCAGUCGAUAUGGAACACUUAGAAUGCACCAACGAACUCACACAGGGGAGAAACCAUUUAAAUGUAUUGAAUGUGGAAAGAGCUUCAGUGAAAGUGGAGCACUAAGAAAACAUCAACAAACUCACACAGGGGAGAAACCAUUUAAAUGUAUUGAAUGUGGAAAGAGCUUCAGUAGAAGUGAACACCUUAGAAUACACCAACGAAUUCACACGGGGGAGAAACCAUUUAAAUGUAUUGAAUGUGGAAAGAGCUUCAGUCACAAUGGACACCUUAGAAGCCAUCAACUAACUCACACGGGGGAGAAACCAUUUAAAUGUACUGAAUGUGGAAAGAGCUUCAGUGAAAGUGGAGACCUUAGAGUACACCACCGAACUCACACGGGGGAGAAACCAUUUGAAUGUACUGAAUGCGGGAAGAGCUUCAGUGAAAGUGGAAACCUUAGAAGACACCAACGAACUCACACGGGGCAGAAACCAUUUGAAUGUAUUGAAUGUGGAAAGAGCUUCAGUCGAAAUGGAACACUUAGAAUACACCAACAAACUCACACAGGGGAGACACCAUUUAAAUGUAUUGAAUGUGGAAAGAGCUUCAGUCAAUAUGGACACCUUCGAAUACACCAACGAACUCACACAGGAGAGAAACCAUUUAAAUGUAUUGAAUGUGGAAAGAGCUUCAGUCAAAAUGGACACCUUAGAAGCCAUCAACUAACUCACACGGGGGAGAAACCAUUUAAAUGUACUGAAUGUGGAAAUAGCUUCAGUCGAUAUGGAAACCUUAGAAUGCACCAACGAACUCACACGCGGGGAAAACCAUUUAAAUGUAUUGAAUGUGGAAAUAGCUUCAGUCGAUAUGGAAACCUUAGAAUACACCAACAAAGUCACACAGGGGAGAAACCAUUUAAAUGUAUUGAAUGUGGAAAGAGCUUCAGUCGAAAUGGAAACCUUAGAAGCCAUCAACUAACUCACACGGGGGAGAAACCAUUUAAAUGUACUGAAUGUGGAAAGUGCUUCAGUCUAUAUGGAACACUUGGAAUGCACCAACGAACUCACACAGGGGAGAAACAAUUUAAAUGUAUUGAAUGUGGAAAGAGCUUCAGUGAAAGUGGAAACCUUAGAAAACACCAAAAAAUUCACACGGGGAGAAACCAUUUAAAUAAACCAUUUAAAUGUAUUGAAUGUGGAAAGAGCUUCAGUGAAAGUGGACACCUUAGAAGACACCAACGAACUCACACAGGGGAG